UGGCAUCCUGAUUGGUGCGCUUCAGCGCGCCUCCUCGCUGCGGGCUUUGGUUUGCGGAGAAAGAAGGCAAUUCAGAUUCCAGUCAGCGGGAAUUGUCGCUUGGUACCUCGAUGGCUGUGUUGGCACCAGGAAAGACAUUUUAGGGGGAUACAAAUUGGAUGCUGAGUUCCUGAUCCUGGAGAGGACACACCAUCACAAUGAGCCAGACCCCUGAGGCCAGGGCUAGAGACAAUCAGACAAGACAGAUACAAGAAAGUGUUAACAAUGUGGAAAAACAUUUUGGAGAGCUGUGCCAAAUCUUCGCCGGAUACGUCCGUAAAACUGCUAGGCUUAGAGAUAAAGCUGACUUACUUGUGAGAGAAGUCAAUACGUAUGCAGACACAGAAACACCAACCUUAAAACAUGGGCUGAAAAACUUUGCUGAUGAACUCGCCAAACUUCAGGAUUACCGUCAAGCUGAGGUUGAGAGGCUUGAAUCCAGAGUAGUGGAACCUCUGAAAAGCUACGGUGGUAUAAUCAAGCUUAAAAGGGAGGAUCUCAAAGUGACCUUGACUGCUAGGAACCGGGAAGCAAAACAAAUGGCUCAGCUAGAGAAAACUCGCCAGAGAAAUCCAUCAGAUCGACAAAUUAUAUCACAGGCUGAAACAGAACUGCAGAGGGCAACAAUGGAUGCAUCAAGAAUUAGCCAGCAGCUCGAAGAAACAAUUGACAAUUUUGAGAAGCAAAAAAUUAAAGACAUAAAGAAACUAUUUACAGAGUUUGUUACUAUUGAAAUGGUGUUUCAUGGAAAAGCUCUGGAGGUGUUAACAACAGCAUAUCAGCAUAUUCAAGACAUCGAUGAGGAAGAAGAUCUUGAAGUUUUCCGUAAUUCACUCCAUCCACCAGAUUUUCAGUCUCGGUUAGACAUUGUUCGUGCCAAUUCCAGAACUGGGUCAACAAACAGAGCGCCCUCUGUCAUAUCCCAACCUCCAGGAAACAGACAAAAAGACAGAGUUGAAGAUGAUGAGGAUGAAGAUGAUGACGAUGAUGAGAAUUCAACAGAAGAUGAGAAUUAGAGUUAUUUUAAAGCCAUUGACAGAGGAAAUAAGACGAGUUAUAUGUAUACAUCCAGCUUGCGGAUCUGGGGCUUUUUAGCUCCCUCUAAGGGCAAUGGCACAGGGGAUGUUCUGUCACCGUGGUUAAUCUGCACUACAGUGACAAAAUGAUCUUGGGUUCCCUCCCACUGGCAGUAAUCUGAAGUAGCACAAAGUUGCCUCACAAGGAGAAUUUGGGCUACUUUGUGACACUCAUGUUUUCCCACCGGCAAUUCACAUUACUGCUGGUGGGAAGGAAACUAAGCACGUUUUGUUGCCCAUGGUAGUGAAAAUUUACCUUGGGUGCAAAAUAUCCCACAUGCCAUUGUCCUAUGGGGCAGUAGACUCCUUUUUUAUCAUUAGUGUGAUGAAUACUGCUUGAGUAAACAUUCUUACCUAUUGUUUUAAUUAGAAAAAAAUCUGGUUGUUAUUUUUUGUCCUGAACAGGGUAAAACCUAAAUUCUAAGUAAUGUCACAUUUUACUUCUAGUUCUUGAUGAUGACAAUCAAAACAUAUUAACAGUCGACUGAGAAGUCUUCUGUAAAAACAAACCCAGUCAGGGACCUACACCUACAGUUCAGGCCUUUUGCACGGGUUGAGCACAUCGUUAGUGCGGAGAGUGCAGUUGGGCUUUGUGCACUAGAAGAGACAAGAAUCUGAUUUAAAAAUCUGAAUUUUGGCUCUUAAAAGGUACAAAGAGCAGCUUUUUUAUGCCUGAUAACCUGCAGGGCACUGCCACCUGAGGCAAGAUUCUUAGAUUCUGAUGCCUUUGUUAGACUUUAAGAUAAGGAGAGUAGCGCCUUUAAGUUUGUGAUUUUGCCCUGUUUAGUGCCAGAAAUAACAAAACCCAAAGAUAUUCCUUAAUUAAAUCAACAAGCAAAAAGUAUAGUUUAGCACAGGCCCUAUUUAUUGCACACAUGUUGAACAACCCUUUGAAUAGUAUUUGUAUAUGUUUGUAAAAUGUAUUGUUAAUAUAAGCAUACACACUAUAACUAUUUUGAGUGUACAACAGCACUAUAUACAAAUGUAUUUUAAUAAAUGUUAUAUGUAUUUGUC